GUUUCAAGUAAAUAAAAAAAAUGAGUGCGGUAUUUUGCUUUUGAAUAUGCUUAAGAAUUAUAAACUCUAAUUAUUUAUUAAAUCAAUCAAUUUUGAAGUUAAAAGAUUCAGCUUCGAGUGCUAGUACAAAUUGAGCAAGGAUGAGCCUUCAAUCGAUCAAAUAUAAUCGUGGUAGCCUGGAGAUACUCGAUCAGCUUUUGCUGCCUGUUCAAUCCAAAUAUGUGGCAGUGCGUGGUGUGGAGGACGGCUGGAAGGUCAUCAAUAAGAUGCAGGUGCGUGGUGCCCCUGCAAUUGCGAUAGUGGGAUGCCUUUCGCUGGCUGUGGAAAUCUAUCCGGAGGAGUUUGAAAGCAAGAAAUCGCUACGCCAGGAAAUUGAGGGAAAGCUCAACUAUUUGGUCUCCGCACGUCCCACGGCAGUUAAUAUGAAAAUUGCCGCCGAUGAAUUGUUGUCUCUGGCCAAUGACUUGACCAAGGCUGAGGAUGUCUCAGUGCCCGAUAUGAAGCAAAGAUUCCUGAACGCCACCGAAGCCAUGCUGCAGAAAGAUAUUGCCGAUAAUCGAGCAAUCGGAGCCAAUGGGGCCCAGGCCAUACUCAAACGCGUUGCCACAACAUUGGGAGCUGCUGGCACUUCGGGCAAUGGAUCGGUUCGUGUGUUAACCCAUUGCAAUACAGGAUCAUUGGCAACAGCCGGUUAUGGUACGGCCCUUGGAGUUAUACGUAACCUGCAUGAGCUUGGCAAGCUGGAGCAUGUCUACUGCACAGAGACACGGCCAUACAAUCAGGGAGCCCGUUUAACCGCUUACGAGUUGGUCCAUGAGAAAUUCCCUGCCACAUUGGUCUUGGACAGCAUGGUGGCGGCUCUUUUGCGCGCCAAAAAUGUGGCUGCUGUGGUGGUCGGUGCCGAUCGGGUGGCAGCCAAUGGUGAUACAGCAAACAAGAUUGGAACCUAUCAAAUUGCAGUGGUGGCCAAGCAUCAUGGUGUUCCCUUUUAUGUGGCUGCGCCAUUGACCUCGAUUGAUUUGCAAAUACCAAGUGGCGAUCAUAUUAUAAUCGAAGAGCGUCCCGAUCGUGAGAUGACGCACGUGGGAGAGCAUAGGAUUGCUGCUCCAGGCAUUAAUUGCUGGAAUCCCGCUUUCGAUGUCACUCCCGCCUCCCUGAUUACGGGCAUUAUUACAGAGCGCGGCGUUUUUGAGCCCCAGGAACUUAAAGAGGCGAUUACCAAGCUACUGGGGUUAUAACACAUACACAUAAAACACACAGACACACACAGACGCACACAAAUUGUUAACGCAUGCACUCCACCCAAAACAAAAAAAAGAAAAAACAAAAACAACAACAAAAUAGUACCCCAGUCUAGCCACUGAUGUGGGUCGAAAUACAUCGCACAAUAUACCUCCUACCAUAUGUGUAGCCCCAAUAUGA